UGUUUUCCAUCAACCUUUAAUAAUAAUCUCUACUUACGCACAUUUGUUUACACUUUACAGUUUGUAGUUUAUUUAGUUAUUAGUCAGAUGUUAAUUCACACAAUUUUCCUCAUUGUCUGAAGAUAAUAUAAUUGGGAAGCUUGAUACAAAGUCCUAUCAAAUUCCAAUUUGAAAUUUCCACUGGACUCGUAACUGGUUCAGUAGGUAUAUUAAAUAAUCAGUUUCAUAAGCAUUCGUGAACUGUGCGCGCAAAGAGGUGUCGUGUUACGCGGUUGUGAGAAUUACAAAGUCCAAGUGAAUAAGUGAAACUUGAGAUUUGCACAUACGUUCAUUUUAUUAAAAACGGCACAAUGACUGCAGGAACCUUAUCAAGUUCAAAGCCCAAGCCAGUCAACAUCCCAGAGGUGGUCCAAAAAGCGCGAGACACUUUCAACAGCGGCACCACAAAGCCCUUGGAAUGGAGGAAGAGACAGCUGAAGAACCUUCAGCGAAUGUACGAAGAGUGCAGGGGGGAAAUGAUAGACGCUCUCGUCAAAGACUUGAGAAGGAGUAAGAUGGAAGCGGUACUUCUAGAAGUUGACUAUCUUGUCAACGAUUUGACCAACCUGCUAAACAAAUUCGAAGAAUGGGCGAAACCUGAAAGGCCACCCAAAGGUCUGGUGAACAUGAUGGACGACGUGGUCAUAUUCAACGACCCCUACGGCGUGGUGCUCAUCAUCGGAGCGUGGAACUACCCCCUGCAACUACUCCUGCUGCCCUUCGCUGGUGCCAUAGCCGCUGGCAACGUUGUGAUCCUGAAGCCCAGCGAACUGGCGGUGGCCAGUGCCAAGUUCAUUGCUGAAACAUUGCCCAAAUACUUAGAUAAUGACGCCUUUGUGGUAGUGGAAGGUGGUCCAGAAGAGACGACUGAGCUUCUGAAGCAAAAGUUCGACUAUAUCUUUUACACGGGCGGCACCAACGUCGGCCGGAUUGUCUAUGCCGCUGCGACCAAGAAUCUUACUCCUGUCACAUUGGAACUAGGUGGAAAGAGUCCAGUGUUCAUAGACAACACGACAGACAUUGAGAUAACGGCAAAGCGUGUUCUUUGGGGUAAAUUCAUCAACGCGGGACAAACGUGCAUCGCCCCAGACUACGUGUUGUGCUCCAAAGAGGUUCAGGACAAAUUCGUGGAGUGUUCCAGAAAGAUAUUAAAGGAAUGGUACGGCGAAGAUGCUCAGAAAUCACCGGAUCUAUGCAGAAUCAUCAAUAGCAGGCAUUUUGGCCGCCUGCAAUCAUUAUUAGAAGCGAGCAAAGACAAAGUAGUGCUCGGCGGUCGUUAUGACGCGCAGGACCGAUUCAUCGCACCAACUGUACUGGCCAACGUUACACUCAACGACAAAAUAAUGGAGGACGAGAUAUUCGGUCCAAUUCUGCCCAUCGUGCCCGUCGACAACGCAUACGAGGCCAUCAAAUUCAUCAAUGACAGGGAGCAUCCAUUAGUCCUAUAUCUCUUCAGCCGGCAAAGCAAGAUACACACGCUGUUCACAGAGCAGACACGCUCAGGAUCUCUCUGUGUGAACGAUACGAUCAUGUUCUAUGGCGUUGAUACAUUGCCGUUCGGCGGCGUCGGCAACAGCGGCAUCGGCGCGUACCACGGCAAGGCGUCCUUCGACACUUUCACGCACAAGAAGAGCUGCCUAGUGAGGAACUUCGCCGCCAUCGGGGAGAAGCUUGGCUCCGGGCGCUACCCGCCGUACACCGACGGCAAGCUCAAGUUCAUCACCACGCUGAUGAGGAAGCGCUCGGGCCCGUCGUUCAAGUACCUGCCCUACGUCAUAGCCUUCGCCCUCGGCGCGGGCCUGUCCUACGGCAUCUUCGCUUGGCAAAAGAUGGUCUCGGAGGAAUUGUAAACAAGCUGUGUUGCAAUCGUGAUUACGGAGUGAUAAAAUUAUUUUAAAUAAUUAUAUAAUAGUAAUAUGUUAAGUUUCUUGUAUAUUAUUUGUGUUUUUUAUAUUUUUUAACUCUUGUUAAACAAAUAUUAAUAGACUAUUCCUUUGACUCAAUUUCCGUACAAAUUAUUAAUAUAUCAUUAAACUAUGAUAAAAAAUAACAGACUUAUCUUUAUAAGAAAGAUCUCUUAUUUAAUUUCUCAGAUAAUAAUUCUACACUCUCUGUAUGGGACCAUAAACUCCUGAACUUGUGAACUUUUUCAUAACAAUUUUCUUGCAUUUAUUUUUAUAUUUAUAGACUUAUAAAUAGGUAUAUUUUUUGUAUUUUUACAGCCAUAUUUAUUUAGGGUAUAAUCAGCCAUGGUUUAUAAGACAUAAAAAUACUCUAAGAACAGUAUCCUUUUACGAAUUACAAAAUGUGUAUACCUAUUAAAAAGUUUGUAAUUUUAGUUGCUACUUACUUGCUUUACAAAAAUUAACACUACGUUAUGAAAUAUACAAAGUAAAUUCUUUCAUUUCGGAACUGUAUUAUUGUGAACUGUGGUUUUGUGAGGUUUACGGGGUAUUUAAUCAUAAUAUAUUUUAUGCUGCUUGCCAGGCAAUAAUGUUAUAGUGAUAAGUUUCCUAUGCUACUAGUAUUCUAUUAGUGUGGUAAAUUAUAUUUUCAAAAUAUCUAUAAAAGACUGCUAUAUUUUUUAUAUCCAAUUACAUUUUAAAAUAAGACUAAUAAUAAUUGAACAUUUACAUUUUUAUUUGCAGCGGUUACAAUCAAAGUUUUAUUAAUUUUUACCUCUGAAAAUAUAAUAUGUACCUUAGCCAUAAAUCUGUGGUCGCCCGCACUCACACAAUAAUAUUGUCGAUAAAGUAGGCAUAAUACAGUACGACGUAAAAAUAUUGUCCUACUUUAUUGACAAUAUUGUUAUGUCGUAUUUCCGUGGGACUUAUGAUUUCUAUAUUUAUAGAUAAAAUAUUUGAUAUUUUAUUUAGAUUCAAGUUGAUUGUUAAUAGAAAUAAUAUUUGAAUAUCAAACCAAAAAUUCCAAAUUAUUUGUUAAAAUUAAUAAUUAUGUGAAAGGAAUCGUUAUUAAAUAAUUAUAUUCUUCAGGAAACAUGGUAGAAGUUUCGUACUUGGUCAAAUUCUUAUUUCAACAUACAGCAAGUUAAUUAUAUAACUCUGUGAAAAAACAUGAAUCACUACAUAAAGUGGCAGUGAUUUUUCGUUUUUGCGAUAAUCUUGUACCUAUUAUUAUUCCAAGGUAAUAAAAGCAUUUUGCAUUAACCGCCAAUUAUUUAUUAUUUUAGCGAUCUGGCAUAAUCAUUUCAACAAAAUAAUCUUAUUAAAUUUAUUAAUUCAAAUAACCAUGUUAGAUAAUCGCAAAAACAAAACUCAUUGCCACUUGAUCUGAUGGAUCAUGUUUUUGAUCAUACACUGAGAUAUUACCCUGACUACGACACGACUCGCGACUGACUUAAAUAUACGCAUGAUGUCAAGUCAUAACAUGUCAAAUGACUAUGUCUAAGAUGAUCUUAGACAUAGACAUUGUUUUUCAUCAGGCAUUGUAGUCAAGCGUAAGCCAUACCAUAAAAGAAUAUCCACCUUAGGCAACUUCAGUCAGUCAGUGCUGUCUCAGUUUUUACGUGUUAUUAAUUCUUCAAACGUAUACUAUUUAAAUCUUUAGUAUAAAUACAAAAUAAUCCCAAUAAGUAUUUUUGUUAAAUUCUGUUGUACCUAAGUAAUAAAUUAGUUUCAAUGUUGAGGUUACCUGUUUGAGAAUAAAAAUGGCGAAAAAUUAUAUUAA